AUGUCAUGUGAAAGCUCAACUAAAGAGCUCCAAAGCGAUUAUUUAACAGGGGAGGAUUCAUCUCAGGAUGUAAAACCAAAAGCCGAUUGUAAACCAGCCAGCAAUGACGAACCUCGAAGCAGCAGGUUGAAGCUGUACGAUAAAGUCGUUGAGAAAAGUGUGGAAAUGUUUAUGGACUUGGCUAGUUCCGACAGGUUUUCCAGCAUGUUCCAUGAGCUCUACAAGAUGAACCCCGCGAGGAUGGAAAACGUUAAUAAGGAAUUUGUGAACGAGUUGCAGAGAGCUAUAAAGGAUGCUAUCAGCAAACUGAACAAAGAAGCUGGAAUAGAGUCCAAAUUAAAUAAACUGGACCAACUGGAGAGUGCUGCUAAAAACAGCCCAGACCCUGCAUGGCGUCCAUCUGGGGUUCCAGAAGAAGAUUUUAGCAGCUCUAUAAUACCGCUCUAUCAAAAACAAGAAGCUUACUGGCAACGCAAGCUGAAAAAGAUCCAAGCUGAGAAUGCCGCCCUUGCACAAAAGGUGAAAGCUGGCAGGGAGAAGAUUGCUCAGACGGACCAGCGGAUUUCAACUGCUAUUGCUGUUGUUGGUUCAACUGCUGAGUGGGAGGCAUUUUCCAGUGAUUUAAAAAGCCAGACAUCUUCAUUAUGCCCUUCAGAUGUGCUAGAUAUGUGA